AUGCAAAACGUACACGCGUGGGCCGAACGUCAGGUAAACCGAGCAGCGACGUUUAUCCGGAACGUUUCGAUGAGUAUUUCGACCGAGGAGGAGGAGCAGAUGAUCGAGAACCAGUGCGUAAUUUAAUAAAACGUUGUGAGGGGCAACGUACCGUAUGACACGCCUUCAGAUCAGAAACUCUUUUUCAAGCGCAUUAGUUUAAUUGGCAUUGUGGAAGCAGCAAAAGUUUCGUAUGGCAUGCGGCGAUAUUUAUAGAGAGGCCUUAAUAAGCUUUGAAAGCAAGCAACCCUUUUAUGCCUACGGCUAGAAGUUAAGGUCAUAACAUGAAACAACAUUGCUUGACGUAUUACGAAUAAUGCGUGUUGUAUUCGUGUGUGCAUAGGCUGUUUUCUCACUAUCUAAUUUUCCUUAAAGUUAUUUGUUAACUUUUUUGCCAAUGCGGCGUCUAGGAAAGCAUCAUGGCCGGUUACGUCGUUCGCAUCGGUAAGAUACGACCGGCCGUCAUUGUCAAAACAAUAUUUCGGCCAUAUUAUGAUAAAUGUAAACUUUAGAGUACAAGCAUCGGAUAAUUACUUCUUCGAACAGUUUAUCUCGUCACCGGUUGCUGACGUCGAACCGCCUGGUAACGAUGGCCUUACCAUCGUUCGCUUGUCAAUCAACGAUGACCAAAAGGCCCUCGAGGUAGGCCAUUUACACGCCCAUAAAUCUGACAGAACUAACAAUUUUAAUACGUUUUGCAUAUCCUAACGUCCACUUAUUUCUUCAGAGUCUGUAUGUAGAAGCCAUUUAUACUAUCGUCCACAAAGUCGGCAAGACAUCCACCAUUCCCGAGCAUACAUUAAUCAAGUACGCACAGAAUGCAUUUCAAAUUAAUGACAAUAAGCAUGACGAACUUAUGGACAAAGCCAGGCGCAGCAAAGUAAAACUUAUAAUAUUAUUCAUAACUUGUUUUAAGAUUUUUUGAAAUUAUUUUAAAUGCGUUUCAGCCUCCCAUCGUGCUACUGAAUGUGCAUCUUCUUGAAGCCAAAGACCUCAUCGCCAAAGACAUUAAUGGUAAGACAAAGUUACGGUAGCUUUACCUCUUUUUAAUAUCACAAGACGUUUUGGUGUAAACAGUAAACAACCGAAAAAGUAUUAUUUACCUAUGGGAACAUAGAAAUAACAAACCCAAAAUACAAGGUAUAUUCCCUAUGGUUAAGUUACACGUACAGAGAAUAGAAGCCCGAAAAACAAAGCUAGAUUUCAGUAAAGAAGCCUUUCAGCUAAAACCUUUGACACAAUUAAAUCCACUCAGCUAUGCAAACAUUAUUGUAGGAUUCAGUGACCCGUUCGCCAUGAUGGGCGUCGUCCCGGGCCGAAGAGGGAAGGACGUCCCAGAUGAAGGUAACGACAGUGGAGUAGAUGACAAUCCCCCACCUCUCUCCCCCAAUAACAGUUCAGGUCAAGUGAGUCAGUCUGCCUCCAAUCAACGUCGUCAUUCCAAUACGCGCCGCACCAGUCUCUCGGUAUUGACAGUUCGAGUGUGACAUGGGAUUAUUUCCUUUCUUUCUUUCGGGUACUUUGGUACACUUCCGAGACUGUUUGCGGUGCUACUUUUUUUCGCUACUAUUACUCGCAUCUGCUGUUUUUCUCUCAGUAUCACGUUGUUAUUGCUCAAACUUUAGCAAGCCGUCCAGAAGCACGCUGGCGUCUUCCACAGAUUCGGCGGAUCGUUCCGUCGAAAACUGGGAUCCGGAUCCAAAAAAGGAAAGAACACGGAAGCCAAAGCCAUACCAGCCAAACUCAUUAAAGCCUCGUCAGUGCAGCACAAGACUUUGUUCCCCAAGUGGAACGAGAAGUUUCAAUUCAUAGUUGAAGAUGUUGACAGCGAUAAAUUCCAUCUUGAUAUAUGGUAAGUAUUUAUAAGCCCCCCCCCCCCAAUUAUCUUAAAUUUUUUUUUUAAAUAUUGUUUUAGGGACCAUGAUGACGAAGAAAGCAGCGUUCUAGAUGCAGUGACAUCGCUCAAUCAAAUCAGUGGUUUAAAAGGGCUUGGCCGGUACUUCAAAGAGGUUACUCAGAGUGCUAGAGCAGAUUCCAAUGACUUGUUGGAUGACUUUCUGGGUUCAAUAACGUUGAGAAUCAAAGUAAGUAACUAAUUACUUUUCUCAAAGAUUAAUAAUACCACUUUCUCAUGAUUGUUAUGUUAAUAAUUAGGUUUUGGAAGUAAUAAGACCGUUUUCAGGAUGUACCAUCAACAGGAAUGGAAGAAUGGUUCACUUUGGAAAAAAGAUCAGAGAAGUCAGACGUAUCUGGUCAAGUACUACUGCGACUUUGGCUGAGUACUAAAGAAGAACGAAUGAGUGAACAAGAAGACGACUCUCUAGAUGUGAAACAACAUAUCGAGCUGAUCAGACAGUUCGCGCUCCAAGAGAUCCGUCUUUCAGGAGUGAGUAAAUCAAAAUUAUAACCAUUCAAUACUUAAUAUUAUGCUAUAUCCUUGCUUUUAGGCCCCUGUCAGCUUCUUCCAAGGAGAUCUUCCAGAAACCGCUAAUAUGAUACUUCAUCAGCACGCUGUCCAGGGUGACCUAAGUGAAGUUCACCAAGCCAUGUGGUAAGUGUAUAUCUUACCGUACUAUCUGUGUUUAGUCAAUGGCUCGCAUACAGUGCAAUGAUCAAUAUCGGGCUCUCAUACGGGUUUUUAUACGAGAUUCUCCGAAAUUUGAUAUCAAAAUGGUUACCUCUGUCGCUAGACAAGGACGAAGAGAAUAUGUUGGCCGAUUCGUUCCAAAAAUUCGACGCACAUUCUCGACAACAGAUACUAGAGCAUAGAAAGCACAUAAAUGUAGAGAAACGUGUACAGUUAGACUCUUUUGGCAACAUGAUACGGUGUAUGAAGCUACUCAGGGAAAGUCAGGUCUACCAGAAAGUCAUGAUCGUUCAAAUCGAGUUCGAACAAGAGAUUCUGAGUCUUCUGACGGUAAGAAAAAUUUCACAAAAUUAAAUAAUAACCUUUACAGAAAAGUGCCGUCGAUUACUUUGAAUACAUUGUUGAAAAAGAAGAGGGGAAAAACGUAAGUUAACAUAACCGCUCGCUAGGCUCUUCUUAUAUUAGAAAAAUUCCGUAAAUUGAUAUUAUGCGAGCUUCUAAAAUAAGAUAAUCAAAACGUUUUAGGACCCUAUCAAAGAGCUUCUGAAUGUCCUAUUAGGAUUAAAUCAAUCCUUAAGGAGAGCUGCGCAAUUUGAACCUAUCAUCAAACAAUGUGCGUUGGUAGAAUACUUUCCACCAACCUACAAAGAGUUCGAUCGUCUAGUAAGUUUUAAACCACAAUUCCGCAAAUUCUUUAUCUGUCAUUAUUUAAAUUGUAAACUACAGUACCCUAAGACUUUACUUUUCAGUUAGCAGAGUACAUCUCGGCCGAACUCAUGAAUUCUAAAGCCAACUCACUGAAGAUUGCCUUACAAAACGCUCCAGACACAGAAUCCGGCUUAGUGAUGAUGCUGAAGGUACACCUAGAGUACAGCGAGUUUAGAGAGUUCAGGAACAAAAAAGUAAAGAACAAGUUGGACGCCAUUGAAUGGAACCAGAUGUUCGACAAAGCCAUAUCAAAGUGGUUCGACUUGGCCAGGGUCAGGGCGUUCGCUCGCGUCGAUGUCGCCUGCCAAUUAGACGCACAAGUUCAGAUCCCGUCCAAUGAAAUCAGACAUACCAGUUCGUAUAUUGAUGUAUGUCAUGUUAUCGAACAACUGAUUAAUACGUGGGACCGGAUGCGAGUAGAAGACGUCAUCUUGCGAGUAGACCUGACAGAGAAGGUAGUUCAAACUAUAUGUAAGAUAGCCGAAUACUACGUGGACCGAGUGAUGGCUCAGCUGGCGUCUGACGGCUUCUGCGGAAUGCUCCAUCCGGUAUUACCUCCAGCCAUAAUCAAUAUUGUAAGUCUUAAUACAGCUACUCACUUCACAAUUUACAAACGCUUUUUGAAAGGAUAACGUGAAAUCUUUAAAAAAUCUAUUUCAGUUCUGUGCAUCGAUUAACAAUGCUGAACAAGUACGCAGAAGUCUAACAAUUCAAGAAAAACUAAAACUAGAUGAGCUUACCAACUCCUACUCGAAGGUGACAAAACAAAAGUGUGAGUGGAGGAAGAAGGUAGAGAAAGAGAUAGAAAAUUGCGAGAAAUACAUCGGAGAACAGAUAGACUCUACUGUAGAACGAAUGGUACAACGUCAGGUACCACAACUCAAAAAGCACGUGUUUCACUUGGCCUGGAGUCCGGCCGCGUGUCCCGUCGAACAAUCCCUUAAACCACUUACUGAUAUGGUACGUACAACUCAACAAAGUUUUCAAAAUUAAAAGAAAUAAUUAGCUAGACAAAAAAAAGAAUGGCUGUUAACAGCCCUUCAAUGCACUUUAACUAACCAUAACAUAAUCUCCCUGCUCAUAAUUGUUAAAAAUUUCAGCUUGACACCGAAUUGUCAACAGUACACAGAGUUCUGCUUCACAGAAACUUCGUAAGGAUAAUGUACGGUCAAGUCAACGCCCUAGUAAAACUGCUUCAAGAAUGUAUAAAUGAGAACCCAGGCCUUGAACCAGGCUUCUACCAACGGCUGGCAGAUGCCUGGAACAUCAUGAUGGACUUCUUUCACGCUGGAGGCAAAGGAAUCUCAAUGGAGACCUUCGCUUCAAUCCCAGCUCACAAGACCUUGGCUACACAGUUGUGUUUAAACCAGCUACCUACGGUUAAACUAAUCGACCGGUACUACUUUGACCUUCUGAAGAUCCAGAACGACGUCAACGAAUGUAAAUACGGUAUUCUAAAUGUCCGAGCUUACUAUAACCCCAACUCACAAACGCUCGUAAUAGACGGUAAGCUACGGUAGCACAAAAUACAGUAAGCAAACUUUAGUAAUUGGUGCCAAACAAGUAAUUCCCCUGGAUUCAAACGGUCUCAGUGAUCCAUUCGUAGUAAUUGAAGUAGUACCACGCCUUAGAUUCCCGAACCUUCAAGUAGGGAAGACCAAAGUUGUCAGCAAAUCACUGAACCCCAUCUUUGACGAAACCUUCGAAUUGUAAGUGCAACAUACUCAAGUUAAGGUCCUUCCAGUAUCGUUCCGCCAAAAUUGCCUUCUUGUGCCAUAAUUCACUUCGUCGUGAUGGACCACGACCUCUUUAGAUCAAAUGACUUUGCGGGAGAAGCCUUCCUCGACUUGCACGAAGUGCCCGGCUUUGGUACUGCUGGAGUAUCUAAUACUCUAAAGCAGUUUAACCUUGUCCUCAUUCAUUCUUCAACCAAAAGUAAGACCGAAUGUUAUCAUCCCUUAGCCUCUUGUCAAUAACUCGUAGAAUACCAUCUUAACUUAACAUCAGUUUAGCUUUCAUUUUCGGCCCAAAUAUUAUUAACCUUUGCUUUGAGGUUACUUCAAAUUAACUGUCCACCCUAAUUUCUAUCAUAUUUCAGACCAAGGCGCGCUAGACGUGUUGGAAAGUCGAAAAGAAGAUAAAGACGCUCAGGACUUCGUUAGAGCACUUCAAGUCAGCUACUAG